CAAGAGGGGCGCACGGGAGAACAGGGGCCAUGUGCUAGCUGCCGGGCAUUGGGAGGGCUUGACGGGCCAGAGGUGACUGAGCGCGGACAGACCUCGGGAGCGAGGCUCUGUGUGGGGCUGUGACACUCCUACUCCCCACCCCCACACACUCACCUCAAUUCCCACUGUGGAUUGGGAAACCGGGGGCUGGCUGGCUACAGGAGGAACUUACGGGGUGGGCUCAGCCUGGGUUCUCACUGGAGCAAAUGGACACCAACGGCAGGGCGUCCACCAAGAUGUGGCCAACAAUCCCAGAUCUUCUUCUGGGCCCAGAGCACUCUACACUAGCCUGCCGGCUGCCCUGCCUGCUAGUAACCUUGGACCAGCCCCUGGCCCCCUCUGUCCUGGUGUCCCCUCUCCUGUCCCAGGCUAGCAAAUAGGCUCUUUUUUCUUUUUUGGGAAGACAGCCCGAGAUCCUUGCCUUUCCUCAGUCUGGCACCUGAUGGUCAGCAACUCUUGGGAGCAACCCUUUCAACCAAAGGGUCUGAUGCUGGCCAUGGUGAUCUGACAGGAGCUCAGGGAGCUCCAAGGAGAGAAGAAGAAGGUAUAAAUGGGUGUUCUGCACUCAGGGAGAACUGGGUGGCUGUGCUUAUCACAACUGGCCUGGUGCCAAGUGAGGGAGGGUGGAAGGUGAGGCCAGGGAAGAGGACAUGAAGGUGCUGGGAAGACUACUUCUCCCUUGCUGUCUCCAGCAAGUUCCUUCCUCCUGUCUGCAUUCGGGGACUCCUGAACACCUGCUCCACCACUACCUUCCUCCCCAGGAGCCUCCCCCUGCAUUCUGGGGUCCCAUAGGCUCUUUUACUUUUUACCCUAGCUAAGCACCCCCUUAUAAGCUCAGGGCCAGUGUUGGGUGUCGGGGAACAAAGUUUUUAACAGACUGCUGGGCUCCAAAGCAGGCACACACAUGUACCUAGAAUACACCAGCCACUGUCCCCACCAUGAUGACACAGCCAUGGACACACCCCUGCCCAGACCUCGUCCUUUGCUGGCUGUGGAGCGGACUGGGCAGCGGCCCCUGUGGGCCCAGUCCCUAGAACUGCUCGAGACAGUCAUGCAGCCCUUGCCUGCUGGGGCCUUCCUGGAGGAGGUGGCAGAGGGGACCCCAGCCCAGAUAGAGAGUGAGCCAAAGGUGUUGGACCCCGAGGAGGAUCUGCUGUGCAUAGCCAAGACCUUCUCCUACCUUCGGGAAUCUGGCUGGUAUUGGGGUUCCAUUACGGCCAGCGAGGCCCGGCAACACCUGCAGAAGAUGCCAGAGGGCACGUUCCUAGUACGUGACAGCACCCACCCCAGCUACCUGUUCACGCUGUCAGUGAAAACUGCUCGUGGCCCCACCAAUGUGCGCAUUGAGUAUGCUGACUCCAGCUUCCGUCUGGACUCCAACUGCUUGUCCAGGCCACGCAUCCUGGCCUUUCCGGAUGUGGUCAGCCUUGUGCAGCACUAUGUGGCCUCCUGCGCUGCUGACACCCGAAGCGACAGCCCCGAUCCUGCUCCCACCCCGGCCCUGCCUAUGCCUAAGGAAGAUGCGCCUAAUGAUCCAGCACUGCCUGCUCCUCCACCAGCCACUGCUGUACACCUAAAAUUGGUGCAGCCCUUUGUACGCAGAAGCAGUGCCCGCAGCCUGCAACACCUGUGCCGCCUUGUCAUCAACCGUCUGGUGACCGACGUGGACUGCCUGCCACUGCCCCGGCGCAUGGCCGACUACCUCCGACAGUACCCCUUCCAGCUCUGACUGGGCCGGGCACCCUGCCCAGCCUCACCCAGUCACACCCUGGAGGGGACAUCAGCCCCAGCUGGACUUGGGCUCCCACUGUCCCUCCUCCAGGCAUCCUGGUGCCUGCAUACCUCUGGCAGCUGGCCCAGGAAGAGCCAGCAAGAACAAAGCAUGGGAGAGGGGAGGUGUCACACAACCUGGAGGUAAAUGCCCCCAGGCCCCAUGUGGCUUCAUUACACUGAGCCAUGUGUCAGAGGAUGGGGAGACAGGCAGGACCUUGUCUCACCUGUGGGCUGGGCCCAGACCUCCACUUGCUUGCCUGCCCUGGCCACCUGAACUGUAUGGGCACUCUCAGACCUGGUUUUUCAAUCCCCAGGGUCGGGUAGGACUCCUACCAGCAGCCAGCCUCCAUUUCUGGGAGGAUGACAGGCAGAGGAACUGAGGUCAACCAUGACUAGUGACCCCUUGUUGAGGGGUAAGCCAGGCUAGGGGACUGUACAAUUAUAUACUAUUUAUUUAUUUAUUCUCCUUGGGGUUGGUGUCAGGGGUGAACCAAGCCCACCUCUAUGCCCUGAGCCCUGGUAGUCCAGAGACCCUAACUCUGCCCUGGCUUCUCUGGUUCUUCCCUGAGACAUGUUGCUGGAACCAAGGCAAUCCUGGAUGUCCUGGCACUGACCCACCUGUCUGUGAAUGUGUUCACUCUUUUCUGCCCCCAGCCAUACUUGGGGAGGAUGGACAACUACAAUAGAUAAGAAAAUGCAGCCAGAGCCUCAGUCCCCAGCAGAGCCUGUGUCUCACCCCCUCACAGGACAGAGCUGUGUCUGCAUAGAGCUGGUCUCACUGUGGCACAGGCCCUGGGGAAAUGCCUGUGCUGUCAGGAAGAGGGGGUGCUGGUUUGAGGGCCGCCGCUGCAGUUCUGCUGGGUCUGCUUCCUGCCCAGGAAGGUGCCUGCACGUGAGAGAAGGAGAGAAAUACACAUCUGAUAAGACUUCAUGAAAUAAUAAUUAUAACAAAGAACAGCUUGGUGGUCUUUUCUUUUCCACUGAUAUUUCUGUAAUGAUAUUAUACCUUUAUUACCUCUUUAUUUUAUUACCUCUAUAAUAAAAUGAUACCUUUCAUGUAUGGAGCCUUCAA